GAGCCUGCGAGUCAACGAAAAACACCAACAUCUUGAAUCAUCUCAAUCAAUCAACGUUGAAAGAAAGAUAGAUAAUCAUUGUUGCGAUCGAUUACUGACAGCGUUUAUUUAUUUAUUUGUGGCGUUUCGUUCUUUGCAUUUGUCCCAAUCCAAUCGAACCAUCGCAUCCUCUAUCCGCAUUCCAUCAUCUUAAACCACCAUGAAGGGAGCACGAAGUCUUGGUCAGCUCUUGACCAUUUCCCUCGCUCUGGCCCCGAUGGCAUCUGCUUGGCCAGGAUGGCUUCCGGAUAUAGACAGCCUCGUUGUCAGACAAGACGACAGCUCUUCGACACAACAAGUUGAUGCCACAACCACAGCGGCAACCGAUACUGCCAAAGCAACUGAUACUGCUAAGGCAACUGAUAAAGCUAGUACGACCGAUAAAGCCACAACUACCGCCAACAGCAAAGACCCGCAAACUACGAACCUUAAUACAGCUAAGAUAACUACAACUGGCAAGGGCGGGAGCACGGCUACCGGUAACAGCACUACUACUCGUGCGACCUUCGAUGCGCAAGAUGGAGCCGGCGGUGUUGCCAUGAUCACACCUGCCACCACUGCAGGAACGACGCUUUACAGGAUUGGAGACCCGACACCAAUUACUUGGGUCUGGAACUACACAUCUCUCCAAGCCUCACCAUCCGCUAUCGAUGUCCUGGUAUCGUGCUCCACAGCCUCAGCUACUUGGACUUUGACUCAAAACAUGACCUUUGAGCCGACUGCUACAUUCAAAUGGGACACCAAGAAGUACUCAGAGAGCGCCGUAGCCAGCCCGCUGCUAGUUGCCCAGUACACACUUCUUAUCCACGACUCCGACUCGUCUCAGGAUGCUACCGCCGAAGCCGGUUAUCUCUCCCCAUACAAUGGUUUCACAUUUGGCCUAUACACUGCUAGGCCGUACCAGGACCUCGGCGAGUGGAAGUGCGCGACAUGUAGUGGUGCAUUAGGAGAAGCUGACCGCCAAGCUUUGGGUUUCGCCAUCACGAUGAGCAUCAUCACAAUCUUCAGUUUCACGUGGUAUGUGACGGGAUUCGCUACGUUACUAUAGUCAUAAUAGACUAUAUUCUGCAUAUGUUCAAGCAAUAUAUGAAGAGACGGUUAAUUUCUGAAUGCACAUAUUUUGGAUUUACGAGACAGCAUCUUAAUGGACAACUAUUUAAAUACGGUAAUCUGGGAUUCAGGAUAUAACAUCAUGCAGUGGCGUUUUUUAAUGCGAUUUUUAAGGGUCGAAGGGGGCGGAUGCGUUCUUCUGGCGACGGAUCGAAAAUGGCGACAACUAU